AGCUCCCCCUCUGAACAGGAAGAGAGACUUCCCUUGCGGCCAAGAACCGGAGCUCAUACCGCGACCGCCGAGGCACGGGAGCAGUCGCGUCGAUCUCGCUCCGGGACCCGAUCCCUACGUAUAAGCCGCGGUUCAGAGGUCGCGGAGGGCGGUGGUUUUGCCAAGACUCCAGAGCCAAGACGACUCUGUUUUGAUUCAGCUGUGAAGAACUGCGGUACAAGGGAAAGUUCCUGCGUGCGACUUCGGGACAUGGUGCUGCGGAUACUCGUAGGGAGGCGUUGAGCUCAGAUACCAUAUACGACAUCAUGUUCUGAAGUCUCGUUCAGGUGCUGCUACUAUCUGGCAGGGGAUCGGAGUUCGUCGGAGAUGUCUCCGAACACGAAUUGCAGCUUCGACGACGGGCACGAGAUCAUCGAGGUCGCCGGCGAGCCGUCGGGGACAAUGCGGCUGAUGGACUUCAUCCCCAUCGACAUCUACAUCCCGUCCGUGGAGCGGGGCGCGCUCAGCAAGAGCCGGCGCAAGCGGCGGUUCCUUGACUUCCUCCGCGCCCACCCGUCCAAGGACUGGUUCCUCAGCUCCACCUUCGUCGGCCGCCUCCGCCGCAGGGGCCACCAGGCGUCGCCGGGGGGAACAGACCCCGAGGACAGCGACAGCGGCGGCCGCCGGCGGAGGCGGUUCCGCGUGCCGUUCGUGCGGAAGAUCAAGUGGGGCAAGCUGUGGAGCUACGCGGUGAGCUGGUGCAAGAAGCCCGAGAACUUCGCGAUGAUCAUUUGGCUUGCGUUCGUCGCCGCCGGUCUGCUGCUGCUGUUCAUGCUCAUGACCGGCAUGCUCGACGAGGCCAUCCCCGACGACGAGCGGCGCAAGAAGUGGACGGAGGUGAUCAACCAGAUCCUGAACGCGCUCUUCACCAUCAUGUGCCUGUACCAGCACCCCAAGAUCUUCCACCACCUGGUGCUGCUCCUCAGGUGGCGCCCCGGCCCCGGCGGCGACCGCGAGGAGGCCCGGAAGGUGUACUGCAAGGACGGCGCCGCGCGCCCGCACGACCGCGCGCACAUGCUCGUCGUGGUGCUCCUGCUGCACGUCACCUGCUUCGCCCAGUACUACUGCUGCGCCCUGUUCUGGAGCUACGCGCGCAAGGAACGCCCGGACUGGGCGCUCAACAUCGGCUACGGCCUCGGCACGGGGUGCCCGGUCGUCGCCGGGCUCUACACGGCGUACAGCCCGCUGGGACGGAAGAAGGCCGACGAGCCCGACACGGAGUCGUCGUCGUCGUCCGAAGCGGCUCGGGAGCAGGGUGACCGGACCGAGAACGACGGCGUUGGCGGCCAGGACGUGGAGAUCAAGGUGUACAACCGGCGCGUGGUGGUGAGCAGCCCGGAGUGGAGCGGCGGGCUGUUCGACUGCUGCGACGACGGGACGGUGUGCGCGCUGUCGGCGACGUGCACGUUCUGCGUGUUCGGGUGGAACAUGGAGCGCCUCGGGUUCGGCAACAUGUACGUGCACGCCUUCACCUUCAUCCUCCUGUUCGUGGCGCCGUUCCUCAUCUUCAGCGUGACGGCGCUGAACAUCCACGACGAUGACAUCCGCGACACGGUGGUGGCCGUGGGCGUGCUCCUGGGCCUCUGCGGCUUCCUCUACGGCGGCUUCUGGCGGUCCCAGAUGCGGAAGCGCUACAAGCUCCCGGGAGGGCGUUCAUGGUGGUGGUGCGGCAGCGCGGCGGUGGGCGACUGCGCCAGGUGGCUCUUCUGCUGGAGCUGCGCGCUGGCGCAGGAGGUGCGGACGGCCAACUUCUACGACGUGGAGGACGACCGGUUCGUGGCCGUCAUGGGCGCGCGCAACGGGGAAGGGCGCCCCGUGCUCGUGCCGCUGCCGCGGGAGGCGUCCACCACGACGCACAUCCGGAGCAUGUCGUGCCCGCCCAAGCUCGACAACGCGGUGAACGGUGGCGGAGGGGUGACGAGCCCGCUCGGGGUGGAGAUGGCAGCCGUCGCCGCCAUGGAGAGGUCUGCCACGUACCACCCCAUGAGGCCGCCGGCGCCUCCCCUGAUACAAAUGGACCGAGAAGAGUAGUAGUAGUAGGACUGUAGGCGUCUACUUCUCCUACCUCGUGUUCAGAAACUACACACACAUGUGUGUAGUUGUGUGCUAGUGUAAAGAAAUUCGUCGAGCUGCUCUGUGUUGUACGACUGUAUGAUAUAUACGGAUUUGUUUGUGUGAAGAAAAGA